AUGAUUCAAGUUCUAACACCCAUUUUCAUCUUCCUAGUUUUAUACCUUUUGUGGAAUGUUUACAAGAACCAGAAAACUAGAAGAAGCAAAAUUAAUCUUCCACCGGGAAGCUUCGGAUGGCUGUUUCUCGGAGAAUCUCUCGCGCUGCUACGUGCACAUUGGGAUAGAGUUCCAGAAAGAUUCGUUGAAGAACGGAUCCAGAAACACGGAAGCCCUCUAGUGUUUAAGACGUUGUUACUUGGCGAACGUAUGGCGGUUUUGUGUGGUCCUGCUGGUCACAAAUUCGUGUUUGGGAACGAAAACAAGCCGGUGGCGGCCUGGUGGCCGUUGCCGAUGAGAAAGCUAUUUGGCAGGUGCUUGGUAACAAUUCGUGGUAAUGAAGCAAAGUGGAUGAGAAAGAUGUUAUCGUAUCUUGGUCCUGAUGCUUUUGCGACUCGCUAUGCUGCCACCAUGGACGUCGUCACCCGUCGCCAUAUCGAACUUCAUUGGGAAGGUGCUGGAAAAUCCUCCAAAGCUGCAUCUAAGUUCGGUAUGGCUGAUCUUGACACUAUCAAAUCCAAGAAGAAGGCCAUCAAAUUUGCUGAGAUUGAGGAUUACGUGGGGAGCGUCGAGGAGUUGGAUAAGAGGAUGGCUGACCUCCAACAAAUCUCAGUGCUCAAGGAUCACAAGAUCGCUGAUCUUGAAAGGCCCUCCAAGCUGCCAGGACCGAAACAGCCAAACUCCUGA